AUGGCUUGUUGCAAGAAGAAGUGUAAACCAAGCAGUAAAUACAUUCCCGUAACGUCUGCAUAUGUCCUUCUCUUGGGGUGUACUUCGCUAUUCUAUAUAUUCCCAUGUCCAACUCUCGCAGAAGUAUCACUUGCUAUUCCCAUAUAUGAGGGUAUUGUUACUAUAUUUGUUCUAGCUAACUUUUUUCUUGCCACUUUCAUGGAUCCAGGUGUCUACCCAAAAUCUGCUGGUGAUGAAGAUAAAGAUGACGAUUUCAAAGCGCCUUUGUAUAAAACUGUGGAAAUCCAGGGUAUUCAAGUGCGAAUGAAAUGGUGCACAACUUGUAAUUUUUAUAGACCGCCUAGGUGUUCUCAUUGUAGUGUCUGUAAUAACUGUAUAGAGAGAUUUGAUCAUCAUUGUCCAUGGGUUAACAACUGUGUUGGCAAGAGGAAUUAUCGAUAUUUCUUCCAGUUUUUACUCUCAUUAACUGUACAUAUGUUCUCAGUAUUUGCUUUUAGCCUUAUGUAUGUUUUACAACAUGAUGAAGAACUAGAAAGUGUGAAUUGUAUAAUGUCUAUUAUUAUAAUGUGUAUUAUAGCAUUGACUAUAAUCCCCGUAGUUGGAUUGACGGCAUUUCAUCUUGUACUUGUAUCUAGGGGUAGAUCAACUAAUGAACAAGUUACGGGUAAAUUUCGUAGUGGUCACAAUCCAUUUACCAAAGGGUGCUAUAAUAAUUUCCGUGCCACGUUAUGUGGUCCACAACAUCCUAGCUAUAUUAAGUAUAAUAGUAAGAAAAAGCACAAGACUAUGACAAUACAAGUUGAGUAUAUGCCAACACAGAUAUUUGAGAGUCAAGUACAGAUCAGAGUUGAAGGAAAUGGAUUACCACCGAAACCAAGGAAUCAUAUGUAUAAGCCUGAAACCAACCACUCCCACCCUUCUGUCAGUCACUCUGGUAGUGAUGAGGAAAGCCAGGGACAGGAUUGUGAGCCAUCACCUCCACCUAAACCCAGAGGCUCUCAUGAAGAUUUUAUUAGGGAGAUGGCACGAUCCAAGUCUGAUAGUAUACAGUUAACUAUGUCAGUCAAUCGACCUAGGUAUAAUGUGCAUCCUCCAUACUCCAGUGCCUCUGAUAUCUUGCAGAGUCAAAGCUCUCAUCGAGAACGCCAACACAAAGUAGCACGAGAUAAUUCAUCAGUAUUUAGCCGAAGUAUUGAUUCUUUGGAUAAUAAACCGAACACUGUGAUAGUCAGUAGUAAAAAACAUUCCACAACAUCAUCAGAGCAGAUGAGCUCUCCAAGGUCUGGGUACUUAUCUCCCACUUCCCCCAUGUCUGAUCCGGAGUUCCCCCGGCAACCAUCACAGAACAGUGUUGCCUCAACUGGGUCACGGACUUCUGGUAGUGAUCAUCGACGAAUGAGGCGACCGUUAUCUUUUACAACUGCUUUACAAAUGAGUGAAGAGGCAGCGCAGCUCAGUAAAGAGAAGAAAAUAAAAAACAGUAAUGUUGGACGGGGUGGUUCUGCUGGUGGGCGAUAUGGUGCAGGUAAUAGUUAUCGACACACAGUGACACCAACACGGCAAAUGUCGGCUACGUCAAUUGAAAAUGACAGUCGCUAUGAUACACAUUAUGAAAUAUCUGUGUAA